GCCCUGUUGAGCCCGGUUUCGGGUGGUGUGCGGUAGUGGUAAAGAGGGAGAAGAAGAUGGUGGAGUUUACUACAGCAACGUGCUCAAACCGCCAACUCUUACAAACAGCUUCCCUUUCGCAGCCACGGAUUCGGUCUGUACUACCCGGUGACAACCACAGAUAAUCCGAACCGAAACACUACACAGAGCAGCAACCCGGCGGCGUGGUGAAGUUCAGAGACGGACAAAACAGCCGAGUGAAAAUAAACAGAACCGGUUCAUGAGAUACAGACUCGAGGUGCGCUCUGGUAGCGAUAAACACGCGUGGAAGUAAGUGUUCAUUUAUAAAAGGAUCCCCGACGUAUCGGUUAAAAGUCGAGGAUUCAUUGAAGUGUUUGCGGCCGGCCUGAGAGGCUACCAGAGCCGGAGCGCCGAUCACCGGUAGAGCCGCCCCGGUCUGUGCUCUUCGUCAGCCGGGAGAGCGUGAACUCAAUCGCUUAUUCUCUGCCGAGAAGAUAAGAUCAGGGCCCGGCGACAUGCAGAGAUCUAAGAAAGGGAGACGUGGAGGCAGUAACCGGGGAUCUCUGAGACAGGAGCUGCUCCAGUUCCAUCUGUCUGCCAAGGCACCUCAGUCUGGUAAAGGAGGUCGGAAUGGUGCAAAGGGCGAGUCUGCGGCGAGCGAUGAUGAUGUCGCUAGUGAAGUGCUGAGUCACUGCAGCAGUGCCAGUGACACGACCUCAGUCAAUGAAGAGGGAGCUGGCACUGAGCCCGGGGAUGAGCAGACAGCCGCGGAGGAGACAGAAGACAAGCUGAAGCAGUGCAUCGAUAAUUUAAUGGAUAAGAGUGUGAAAUCCCGCCUGAAUGGUCUGGAGAGUCUGAAGCUGGCAUUCUCCUCCAAGACGCUGUGUGACUUCCUGGUGGAGCGCAGGCUCACCCUGACUGACUGCCUGGAGAGGUGUCUGCGCAAAGGAGGGGUGGAGGAGCAAGCUGCUGCAGCCCAGGUCUCUGCUCUCCUGUGUAUCCAGCUGGGCGGGGUGUCGGAGGGAGAGGAGAUCUUCAAAGUCCUGCAGCCGAUUCUGAGCACCAUCCUCAGCGACCCCGGCGCCAGCCCGGCCGCCCGCCAAAGUUGUGCCAGUGCUCUGGGAAUGUGCUGCUAUGUUGCUGCUGCUGAUGAUGUGGAGGACCUGUGCAAGUCCCUGUCCCACUUAGAGAGCAUCUUCACCGAAUCCUACCCCAAGCGGGACGGCACCCUCCCCACCCACAAGCCCGGCAUCCAGGCCCUUCACUGCACCGCCCUGCAGUCCUGGUCUCUGCUCAUCACUAUCUGCCCUGCAUCCAGGGUUGACAAGCUCCUGGACGAGCACCUGCCCAGACUGCAGGCCUGUCUGUCCAGCAAUGACGUCAACUUCCGCAUAGCGGUGGGGGAGACCAUCGCCUUGCUCAUCGAACUGGCCCGAGAAUCCGACCGGGAGUUUGUGUAUGAAGACACGGAGGACCUGUGUGAGCAACUGAAGGGACUGGCGACGGACAGCAACAAGUAUCGUGCCAAGACUGACCGACGGAAACAGCGCUCUGUCUUCAGAGAGGUGCUGCACUCAAUCGAGAGUGAAGAUUUUACCGAAGAGAGGAUCCGGUUCAGUGUGGAGAGCAUCUAUAUAGAUUGCUGGGUCCGCAGGAGAAUUUAUGAUGCUUUUAAAGAGGUUCUGGGGUCCGGAGUCCUACACCACCUACAGCUGAACCAGCUGCUGAGAGACAUCUUUGAGCUGGGACCCCCUCUGAUGCUGGACCGUGCUUCCAUUCGAGCCAGCAAGGUCUCCCGCUUUGAAAAGCAUCUGUACAACUCUGCAGCGUUUAAAGCCAGGACAAAAAUAAGGAAUAAAGUGAGGGAUAAGCGAGCCGACGUACUAUAACAGAGAAUUGAUUUGAACUGCUGAUUGCAGACUAGCAGACACUGCACACACGGUGUCUCCUUCCCUCUCACACUUGAAGAACGCUGCUGCUGCCACGUGGAACACUGCAGAUGUCAAUGUUCUUUUUAAAUUUUAGUUAGUCAGUCAUAAUAAACAACCAGCAAUAUAUAUGGAUUAUUAUUAUUAUUAUUAUUAUUA